AUCCCUGCUGGGUGGAUCCUGCAACUCCUGGAGGGAAUGGCACUUCUUGUUUUUAAUUAGCAAGGUGAAAGGUGAAUUAAAACUAGCUAUUCGGCAAGUCAGUACAAGAGGCUGACUUCUGAGGGACUUCCGCGAGCCAGGAGAGAAGAGCUGUACGGGUGGAAGGCAGUGCGUGUGCUCGGGUUUUGGGUGUUUGGUUUUUUUUUUUUUUUUUUUUUUUCUUCCCCUGAAUGAACCGCUUGCAGAAGUGACUACAAAAAUACAGGUUCUUCCUGAAUCUACCGGCAUAGUUACUGAAGAGAGCUCUAGACAGGACAUGGCUCAGAAGACUCACUCCUUGGAAUGUCCCCUUGCUCCCGGCUUAUAAACAACUGUCCUGGGGAAAAGCAGGUUUUACAGAUCCAGAUACAGCCUGACAAAUGGCACUUUGGAACUGUGCUUUCUGAUGACAGCGCCUUCGAUUUCUGACAAAGCCUCUCGCACGCUGCCCCUGGAGGGGAGUCCGAAGUAAAACUCACCCCGCCUGGACGUGAGGAUCGCAGUGCAGCAUGGCAUCGGCGGGGCACCUUGUCACCUGGCUCCUGUGGGGCUGCGUACUGGAGCUCUGGACAGGGGGUCACACAGCCGAGACCCCGCACCCCCGGUUACGCCUGUCACAUAAAGAACUCUUGGAUCUAAACAGAACAUCAGUAUUUCAUAGCCCUUUUGGAUUUCUUGAUCUCCAUUCCAUGUUGCUGGAUGAAUAUCAGGAGAGACUCUUCGUGGGAGGCAAGGAUCUUGUCUAUUCCCUCAGCUUGGAAAACAUCAGCAGUGGCUAUAGAGAGAUACACUGGCCUAGUACAGCACUGAAAACAGAAGAAUGCAUAAUGAAAGGAAAAGAUGCUAGUGAAUGUGCAAACUAUGUUCGGGUUUUGCACCACUAUAACAGGACACACCUUCUGACCUGUGGUACCGGAGCUUUUGACCCGCUUUGUGCCUUCAUCAGAGUGGGAUACCAUUUGGAGGAUCCCCUUUUUCGCCUGGAAUUACACAGAUCUGAGAGAGGAAGAGGCAGAUGCCCUUUUGACCCCAGCUCCUCCUUCAUCUCCACCUUAAUUGGUAGUGAGUUGUUUGCUGGACUCUACAGUGACUACUGGGGCAGAGACGCUGCCGUCUUCAGGACCAUGGGGCGGCUGGCGCACAUCCGCACCGAGCAUGACGACGAGCGCCUGUUGAAAGAGCCAAAAUUUGUAGGUUCUUAUAUGAUCCCUGACAAUGAAGACCGAGAUGACAACAAAGUGUAUUUCUUUUUUACCGAGAAGGCCCUGGAGGCAGAAAACAAUGCCCAUACGAUUUACAGCAGAGUGGGGAGACUCUGCGUGAAUGACGUUGGAGGACAGAGAAUCCUGGUGAAUAAGUGGAGCACCUUCCUAAAAGCUAGACUGGUUUGCUCAGUACCAGGAAUGAAUGGAAUUGAUACCUAUUUUGAUGAAUUAGAGGAUGUUUUUCUGCUGCAUACCAGAGAUCAUAAGAACCCGGUGAUAUUCGGCCUCUUUAACACUACCAGUAACAUAUUUAGAGGGCAUGCUAUAUGUGUCUAUCACAUGUCUAGCAUCCGGGCAGCCUUUAAUGGACCAUAUGCACAUAAAGAAGGACCUGAAUACCACUGGUCACUCUAUGAAGGAAAAGUCCCUUAUCCAAGGCCUGGUUCUUGUGCCAGCAAAGUGAAUGGAGGGAGGUACGGAACCACCAAAGACUAUCCCGAUGAUGCCAUCCGAUUUGCAAGAGGCCAUCCACUUAUGUACCAGCCCAUAAAACCUGCCCAUAAAAAACCCAUACUGGUAAAAACAGAUGGAAAAUACAACCUGAAACAAAUAGCAGUGGAUCGAGUGGAAGCUGAGGAUGGUCAAUAUGAUGUCUUGUUUAUUGGGACAGAUAAUGGAAUUGUGCUGAAAGUAAUCACUAUUUACAACCAAGAAACAGAAUCAAUGGAAGAAGUAAUUCUGGAAGAACUUCAGAUAUUCAAGGAUCCAGUUCCUAUUAUUUCUAUGGAGAUUUCAUCAAAGAGACAACAGCUGUACAUUGGAUCUGCCCCUGCCGUGGCCCAAGUCAGGUUCCAUCAGUGCGACAUGUAUGGAAGUGCUUGUGCUGACUGCUGCCUGGCUCGAGACCCUUACUGUGCCUGGGAUGGCAUAUCCUGUUCCCGGUAUUACCCCACAGGCAUCCAUGCAAAAAGGCGGUUCCGCAGACAAGAUGUUCGGCACGGAAAUGCAGCUCAGCAGUGCUUUGGACAGCAGUUUGUCGGGGAUGCUUUGGAUAAGACUGAAGAGCGAUUGGCCUAUGGCAUAGAGAACAACAGUACUUUGCUGGAAUGUACCCCGCGGUCUUUACAAGCAAAAGUUAUCUGGUUUGUGCAGAAAGGACGCGACACAAGGAAAGAAGAGGUGAAGACUGAUGACAGAGUGGUUAAGAUGGACCUUGGCUUACUCUUCCUAAAGGUACGCAAACUGGAUGCUGGGACGUACUUUUGCCAGACAGUAGAGCAUAGUUAUGUCCACACCAUCCGUAAAAUCACGCUGGAGGUAGUGGAAGAGGAGAGAGUGGAGGAAAUGUUUAACAAAGACUAUGAAGAGGACGGUCCUCGCAAGAUGCCUUGUCCUGCUCAGAGCAGCGUCCUGCAUGGAACCAAACCCUGGUACAAGGAGUUCUUGCAGCUGAUUGGUUACAGCAACUUCCAGAGAGUGGAAGAAUACUGCGAAAAGGUAUGGUGCACGGAUAAGAGGCGAAAAAAGCUUAAAAUGUCCCCUUCCAAGUGGAAGUAUGCCAACCCACAGGAAAAGAAGCUCCGUCCCAAAGCCGAGCACUACCGCCUGCCCAGGCACGCGCCGGGCUCCUGAUGGGGCCACACCGUCUCCCAGCUUCCGAAGAGUUUAUGUUUAGGAACUAAAACAGAAAACGAGAGAGGAACAUGCAGCCAUUCUCUGCAGUACUUCAGAGAUUUCUGUAAUACAGAAAGGACUAGGAAGGUGUUAUGAUAAGUUAUUCUACAUACUUACUGGACUGCUUAAACCUCACGUUAACUUUUUUUUUUUUUUUUCAAGAAACAAGUGUAUUGCUUGAUGAUUUCACAUUAUAUUUGUCCAAAAGUGACCACAGCUGUACUUUUAAGUACUUGGCUGCUUUUCCAUGACAAUUAUUAUUUUACCUUUGAGAGACUUAAGAUUAUUGCAAUAUUGAUGAAAAAUUAGAGAUUUUCAUCAUCACGGAAGAAAUGUUUUAAUCUUUCUGAAUUUUGCCUUUCCACCAUGAUGUAAAAUGUGUAGAAUAUCAGAUACUCUAACAUUCUCACGUGAACCAUCUUUUUAAGAAUUAUAUUAGUGUUGUUUAAGCCCUGAGUUCUAUGAAGCAGGUGUAAUUAUUGUAAACCAUGGAAGAAAAACUAUGGUCAUCUUGAGGCAUGUGCCCUUCAUGAAACAUUUAUCAAACCACAUUGACAAUAGUUAUGUUUCAUGAUUAAAACACAUUCUUUCAAUUUCACUCCAGUGCAGGAAGAAUGAAGUUAAGGUAACUUCUCAGAAAAAUAGCGAAGAAUGUCAGAACAGAUGGAGUGACAGAACUCUAACUGAAAAUAUUUUUGCUGCCCUCUUGUGGUAGAAAAGGUAUAGUCUUAUAUCCUUUUAAAUUCUACAGAUUGUUUAGUUAAGGUUUGCAAGCAGUUUUCCAGUACAUAUGUCUAGUCCAUUUUCAGAAAAAACUAACAACUAAAAAUGUGUUAAUGCCUGUGUCAUGUUUUAAGAUGGAGAUAUGUUUAUAAAUAAUUUAUUACCUCACAAACCAAAAAUGAAGAUACUACAGCACUCUAUUAGAACUUAAAUUUUAUGCCAUCUAAAUAAUCCUAUUAAAACUUAAAUUGUAUGCCUUCUAAAUAAUCUUCCUUGAAAUCUAUAAGAUUCCAGAAAUA